AACAUUUUUUUUAAAAGAACUUCAAACAGAAGAAGUCUGCCAAAUUUUACAUUUUACAGACUUCGAGUUUGGUCUCCUUUUUCAGUCUGUCAUUUUUUUUCUGAAGUAAAACCGGUUCAGUGUUUCUAGACCAAGGCAUGAUGAAACUGCUCUGAUAUCCUGAGAGAGUCAUUCGUGAGUAAUGGGACUUUCGACAUGCCUAUGUGCCCUACGUCAGACUGGGAACACGGACUGGCCGGUAGCCGGUUUUUAUGACACCAACAGCAAACUUUACCAUCCAGACACAGGAGUUCCAUCACACCUGCCGCAGAUCUGUCGAUCUCUUGUCAAUUUGAAUGAAAGGAAACGGGGACUGGUCUUUUCGGAUGUUAAGGCAUUUUGCCGUCAGUUCAUGAUGUGAACAAGGAGUAUGAUAUAACACAAUGGGUCUGCCCCUCGUAGAGAGUACAGGGGCUGACUUUUAGGUUAAGCCAGACUGCUGACAUACCCAAAGCUGUGCGCGCGGUUUGUUAAGUGACGCAUGAGACGCAUCUGUGCUCAGGAGACGAAUGAAGUAACUUGGACUGUUUUCGGUUCGGAGUGACAUUAGUUCCAAAAUUACAAAGGCAAAAUGAAGAUACUUCAUGAAGAAAUUCCUUUGAUAUCAGGCCAGUUCCAGUGAUACAGCGCACAUCCAACGAAGCGGAAUAUGACGCUUUUCGGCGCACGGCAAGCCACACUUAUGCUUGCUGCCCUCGCGCUCACGGGAUUCAUGUACAUGUAUUAUCACACGGACUUCAUUCAAACGUUUGAGUAUCUGCAAAGCAACACAGAGUGCGCGUGCAGAUUCUGCAUGAGCAUGGAGGGUGAUGAUCCCUGGUUCACUCAGCGAUACAAGCCGUCCAUUCAACCACUGCUGACCAAGAAAAACAGUGCGCUCACUAAAGAGGUUUAUAAUUGGUGGCAGAGCCUGCAGUAUGCCUCACACAGAGCCAACUACACUGCAGUGAUAGAGAAACUUUUCAAACUCUUCCCAGACAACGCACAAUACACGGACGCCGGGCCUGACCGCUGCAGGACCUGUGCUGUUGUAGGGAAUUCUGGGAACAUCCUAGGAUCUCACUACGGAAAUCUUAUAGACUCGCAUGAUUUCGUCUUAAGGAUGAACCGUGCGCCCACUAAGGGCUUUGAGAAAGAUGUUGGGUCCAAAACCACUCAUCGUAUCAUUUAUCCUGAGAGUGCAGUGGAUGUGGAUAAUUCCACUCAUCUGGUGCUGUUUGCAUUUAAGACUUUAGACCUCCAGUGGCUAAUCAGUGCAUUUACCACUAAAGACAUCACACAGACAUACACAAGAGUAAGACCCACAAUACAGGCUAACAGGGACAAAGUGAUGGUUCUCCACCCUGCGUUUAUGAAAUACGUUCACGAGUCCUGGUUGCAGAAACACGGCGGGUAUCCGUCAACUGGCUUUCUCACUCUAGCGUUGGCUCUGCACAUCUGUGAUGAAGUUAAUGUGUUUGGGUUUGGAGCUGAUAAAAACGGAAACUGGCAUCAUUAUUUUGAGGCGAUUCGUAGUAACUAUCACACAGGUUUACAUGGUGGAAAUUUUGAGUAUGACACAGCGCUGCAGCUUUUCACCAAAAACAAAAUUCAGAUGUUCAGAGGCUGGUGAUGGACUCAGGCGUUUCAAAUCCUCCACUUAAAGAAAUAUAUGCAAAGUUAAAGACAGAGAAAAAAAAAAUACAAGGCUGAAAUUCUUGAAAUGCGACACGAGGUAUAUCUGGUGAAUGUUUCUAAACUGUGUUUACACUAAUGGGUUUUUUUAAUAUGAAUGAGAUGUGUUUAAGGAGAAUCCUUCGUGUGCAGAUACACACACACACAGACACACACACACAUAUAUAUGUGUGAGUAUCUAUCUAUCUAUCUAUCUAUCUAU